AUGAACCGCCUACACCGACGACUUUCAACCUUUUCGCAUUCGCGCAAGGCGUCGCGUUCCUCAACACAUGGUUCUUCCAUUGACACAGCCUCCCCUGUCCCGCACCUCCUCAAGUCGAAUGCCCCGCCGACAGAAGCAGAGACAGCAGAAGUCCGACAUGCGAUAGACAAUGUAUCCACUUUUCUUAUUUCGACGAUGGCGGAUUCGGACCACGGCGCAAACCCAACGGAGAAGGCAGGUCCCUCCGAACACGGCGUGCUGGGCACCCAGGACCCGCACUUUGUGCAGAAGAGCACCGAAUUCAUUCGCGACCAUAAAGCCCUACUAUCACCCCUCCGGCGCCUACCCCCUGAGGUGCUUGCAGCAAUAUUCGACCACUAUAUCAGUCCAUUCCCGUCCCUCGACCGCGUCCAAUACCCUUGGACGCCUUCUCAUGUCUGUCGGGCAUGGAGAGAGGCGGCCCUAUCUCACCCGCACCUAUGGAGUCACAUUCACGUUGACUUCUGCGCCUGGGAGAAACAGCGCCUCCCGAGAUAUUGCUUCGACUUCUACAAGAUGCUCCUCGAGAGAUCGGCUGCUGCGCCUUUAUACGUCUCCGUGUGCUGCAUAAAAUGGACUAAUCCUCAAGUUGAGAGCUUCCGGCCCAUCGUAGACCUGUUGGCGUCUCACUCCGAACGGUGGGAGUCGUUCAACCUACAAUGCUACAUCGACCUUCUCGAAGCCUUCCAAAGCAUCAAGCAUCGACUUUUGCUGUUGAAUUAUGUCAAUUUGGCCAUUCAUCCCGACCCCAAAGAGAUCCGGAAAUCAGUCAUAGACAUGUUCGAAGUUGCACCGAAACUUCAAGUCGUUCAUCUCUCCGACAGUUGCCUGGAGUUCAAGCUUCCUUGGUCUCAGAUCAUCGAAUUUAAAGAUGGAACAUGUUGGUGUAACGAUAGUCCGCUCCACAACGUCCUAACGCAGUCUAACGACAUUUCUAAUCUUUCCGCCCGCGGUAUCACCUCCAACAACCUCGGGCUGUCCAGACCAAGGACCUCAUUACCCAAUCUCACCUCCUUCGAUAUUCACUACAUUCCCCUCCCAACCGACUUGGACUCUAUUUCAUCGAACGAUGACUCUAUCAACAGCCUCCUCAACAGCUUAACCCUUCCUGCCGUCGAGUCAAUUGCCAUUACCAACUUCCCUGUGAACCCCAUUCCAGCCCUCAGCGCCUUGUUGUCUCGUUCUCUAGCUUGUACGGCCAGGCUGCAGAAUCUUGCACUGGGGACGUGUCUGCAGACCAUACCUCCCGGAGAGUUGACAGCGCUUCUGAGGGGGUUGGACGACCUCGUCAAGCUGAGUAUCGCGAUGCCCCAUUCGUCCGACCUGGAAGCUUUUAUUGUACGCCCGAAUCAACUGGUGCUCCUCCCUCAUCUGGAAUCCCUCCAUAUUGGUGUUAGCACGCCGGUAUACAACCUCGAACGAACCUUGAACGAGAUUGCCUCGACGCGAUUCCUCGAAAGUCCUGAGGCCUCCGUUGGCUUGGCCAGUCCGCUCCUUCAGAUGCGGUUGAUUUUUGCGGAUGCAGGUAACUGUCAUCUCAGCCAUGAACGUCUCGAGCAGGAUGUGUCGCAGUACAUCCUCCGUGCACACCCGCGCGAGCUGCAGAACAUCAGAUACAAGCUCGAGAAGGAAAUCCCACAACUGUCGGGUAGCCUGCCUACGACCCCUUCGAAGUUGGAUUUGAAGAUCAACCAUGCAUAUAAGUUGGCAAAGGUGUUCAAUGCACUAGAGAAGCACGAUGUAAACGACGUACAUGACCUUUAUGGUUCGAGUAUCCAUCAUGCCAUGUAUCAUGUUGCAAAUGUGCACCCUUCGUCGAUCCCUGGAGAGAAGAUCUACCACUUCCAACGGCGUGCGACGGCCCUCCUCAAGAAAUGGGCCGUGAUGCUCCUUGCGGACGUCCCGAAUCGCCGAUGGGCCUUCCAGGGAGAGCAUUCUAUCGUCUACACGCCUAUGUUCAAUCCUGUACGCCAGGAUCCAGAUGUCCUAACUUUUAUGAUAUAUGGCUGGAAAUUCAGCGCAUACAAGUAUCUUUCUUGCUCGUACGACGAUAUGCUCGGCAGAUUGUUACCUGUGGACUGA